AUGGCGCGUAAAGGACACUCUAAGAAACGUGGGAAAGGAGGAAAAUCCCGUAAAAGGAAAAGACGAGACGAUUCUCAACCCGCGCCCCGACAGGACGAGGCCAGAGUUCAAGCCAAGAAGCCCAAGUUGGCCCCGCAGGAGCAGGACUCGAGCAGCGACAGCGGUGAGGAAGCGGAUCCCUUUACCAGUUUGCUGUCCACUUUCAACGCCACUGCACGGACAGACAAUGUUGUUGAAACCGAUGAAUCCGAACCCAGUGACUCUGAAGUUGAGGUCAGUGAAGGUGACAGGGAAGUUUCUGUGUUUGAUCAGGACGAAAAUUUGGGUGAGGAAGACGAUGAGGUAAAUGAGAGUGAAGGUGAUGGCGGUGAUGAAAACGAUAGCAACGACGAUGCAGGUGACAGUAAUGAUAAAGACGAGGAUGACUUUGAUGUCUUUGAAAAUCAAGACGAGGCAGUGGAUGACGUUUUAGAUAAUGAUCCCUUCGUUAAGCAUUUAUUGUAUGAUCUGGAUGAAGAUUUAUUAGAAGUAAUUCAAUCACCCCAGCCUCAAUAUCAAAUCGUGCAAGAAAUUUGGCCUGCGCUUGAAUCACUAAAAUUCUAUUUGCCAGAUGUCAAGAAGAAAACGGCAGUAAAAAAAACAAAAAUGUCUGUUGUAGACAACACAGUAUUUGCACCUCAUGGAAAUGUACCAUCUAGAAUCACGUAUGUGGAUUUAGCAAAGCUUCAUGUUAAAUCUCAAUUGCAUAGUAAUGUAGCCAAUGCAAAUGUGGAAAACAUUGGAGAAGAAAAAGAAAUGCUGAUUACACCACUCCAAAAAGAAAUCUUCACUAUUGUUAAUAAUUAUCAAGAUUUGUUCUAUCCGUCAAGAACACUAGAAAAUGGUGAAGAAAUACGUUUCAUUUACACUCUUCAUUCUGUAAACCAUAUCUUGAAAACAAGGACCAAAAUUGUGAAUCAUAAUAUUAAAGUUCAAAAUAAGGAUGAUGUGCCAGAUGAAUAUCGUGAUCAGGGAUUAGUGCGUCCAAAAGUUUUAAUUUUGGUACCUUUCAAAGAUUCAGCGUACCGGAUUAUUAAAAUGAUUAUAUCCCUUUUGCAUCCUAAAGACAAAGGUCAUGUAAUUAACAAAGCAAGAUUUAUAGAAGAAUUUACAGGAGGUGAAAUUGCAAUGCCUUUUAAAAAUCCACGACCAGAAGAUUAUGAAAAAACGUUUUCAGGGAAUGCUGAUGAUAACUUUAAAAUUGGAUUAGCAAUAACAAGAAAAAGUCUUAAGCUUUAUGUUGACUUUUAUUCAGCUGACAUAAUUAUUGCAUCACCUCUCGGUCUGAGAGUAAUUAUUGGUGCAGAGGGUGAAGCAAACAGAGAUUAUGACUUCUUAGCAUCUAUUGAAGUAUUGAUAAUGGAUCAGACUGAAAUAUUCCUGAUGCAGAAUUGGGAGCAUGUUUUGCACAUUAUGAACCAUAUACAUUUACAGCCUAAGGAAUCACAUAAUACAGAUUUUGCUCGUGUUCGAUCAUGGGCUAUUAAUGGGUGGACACGCUUUUACAGGCAGACCCUUGUGUUUUCAUCUCUUAUGUUGCCUGAAAUAAAUUCACUUUUCAAUAAAAAGUGUCAUAAUUUUGCUGGUAAAGCUCGUAUUGAGAAGUUUUAUGCAAAGGGUUCUGUGUGCCAAAUAGUUCUCCAGUUGUCACAGGUAUUUCACCGUUUUAGUGCAAUAAGUGGCCAGACUACUAUAGAUGCUAGAUUUGAAUUCUUUACCAAAAAAAUCCUUCCACAAUUUACUGAUUCAAACACAAACAGUGUAUUGAUAUAUGUGCCAUCGUAUUUUGAUUAUGUUCGAAUUAGAAAUUAUUUCAAAAGAGAGGAAAUAAGUUUUGUGCAGAUAUGUGAAUAUUCUAAAGAUGGAAAAAUUGCAAGAGCUCGGGAUCAUUUUUUCCGUAGUGAAGCCCAAUUUCUGUUGUAUAGUGAAAGAGCUCAUUUCUUUAGGCGAUUUCGAAUUAAAGGUAUAAGGCAUCUCAUCUUUUAUCAGCCUCCCACCAUACCUCAUUUCUACAGUGAAUUUUGUAACUUUAUGGCUGACUGUAAUCAGAGCCGCAAAUUGGCCUGUGAUAGUGCUAAAAGUGUAACAGUUAUGUAUGCAAAAUCUGAUGGAUUACAACUUGCUGCAAUUGUAGGCACAGAGAGAGCUGCACGUAUGCUUUCAUCAGAUCGUGAUGUUCACAUGUUCGUCAGUGGAGAUUGA